CUCGAUUUCAUGGAUGGUCUAAGGUGACUUUUGUGUUCGACUAAUUAUGUAGUCAAGUGAACGGUAGAUUGACUGGCUGAGGACAGAACCUUGGAGUCUGAGUCAUCUACAGCACCAACCGUCUUGUGGUCUUCUGAUGAUCUUGGUCUUCACCUUGAGGAUACGGACGAUGCAGCAUACAUCGAGAAUUUGGCCCUCCACCAGAUGCGGGCAUCCAACGCUGCCCAAUAUCGGUAUCCAGGGUCAUCCUCAACCGGAGACUUCUUAGGUUUACCGGAGUUGAGCCCAGAUGAAUCACCAUUCAGCGUCGCGUCGAGCAGGUCCCCCUUGACUCCAAAUGGCGGCGCCCUUCUCCCUGACCUCUUCUGCGAUUCACUGGAAGAUUUCGGGAUUCACGAUGCAGUGGCAGCGGAUUGCAGUCCGUUUUUUGAGCAAGAAUCGUUUAUGGAAAACUCAGUUUACCCUGAACAACUGCAAGAGGACCUUGCCUGCCAGGCAGUUUCGAGCAUGCCCUCUCCAGUAUCAUCGACCAGGAAUGUCUCUCAGCCUAUGCCUGUGCUUCCAGUUGAUGAUGCUGAGCUGGUGCAUAACUCAUUCUCUCUCUUGCCAGACUCUAAUUCUGCGGAGCGAUCUCGUUUCCUAAGAUGUUCAGAGGGCUUGACGGAGAACGCUGCGUCACAAAUGCAGCUCUGCAUUUCUCCAAGCCCUUCCACCCGUCCCCUCCGUACUACUGUACGACAUCUGAGUCAGCUCUCAUCAUCUUCGACCCCAAGUCGUGUUGGUAUUAAACCGGCCGACAUUCGUCGGGGAGUUAAGCGCCGGCGAACCGACGACGAUGACGACGAAGAUUACCAACCCCAUCGCAUCCAAAAACGUGCCGCAUCCCACACGCAGUUGCAAGCAGCAGCAGAACCAUCAAGGAAGAUUCGAAAAGUCGGCCCUCGUUCCUCAACAAGAGUGGCAAGACACGAAGGGGCCAAGGAAAAGCGAAUUGACUGCUUGAUGCAAAUCCAUGGCUGCAAGAAAUCUUUCACGCGUAGAAACGACAUGGAGAGGCACCUGAGGAGUUGCAAGUUCAGCUCAGACCUGUCCUGGAUGACGGUCGAAUGCCCUCACUGCGAAAAAUCCCUGUCUCGCAAAGACGCUCUGUUGCGUCACAUUAAGCAGUGCCAUGGGGAUAUCCAGUAGUAAGACAUGUACAUAGACGUUGGUUCAAUCCAAACCGGACCCUCGAGCUUGCUUAAUCUCGGCCAGUCUUGUACGCCACAAAUUCAUGUAGCCAUAGCGAUAUUAAAUCUUACCAGUCAGUGUGAACGGACCUAAGACAUACAAAAUACAUAGGUCAGGUCCAUACGUACCUUAAAAAGAAAUUAGAAUAUGUAUAUAGUUAAAUAAUUAUUUAUGGGG